GGAGCAAGUUCACAACAAUCGUCUGAAAAUUCGCCGGAGGAAGGACGGAAGGGCCUAAGAACUUGAUAAUGUUGAUAAACAUCUCAAGAAAUCUGUAGCAUCACCCUAUCUAAGCAAUCUUAGAUGAUCACACUCUAAAAUUUAAAAUGUUUUGAUUUGUAAAGUUUCCAUAUUUUUCGGACAAAUACCUCAAAGCAGUGGUAUUUUGCAGUAACCAGUUUGGAAGGAGAAGGACGCUUCAGCCUAUGAAAAUGGAGUUACGAGUAGGGGGCAAAUAUCGGCUUGGAAGGAAGAUUGGUAGUGGAUCAUUUGGCGAUAUCUAUUUAGGCACAAACAUCACAAACAGUGAAGAAGUCGCCAUCAAGUUAGAAUGUGUGAAGACAAAACAUCCCCAGCUACAUAUCGAAGCAAAGUUCUACAAAAUGAUGCAAGGCGGAGUUGGAAUUCCACGCAUCAGAUGGUGUGGCACAGAAGGUGACUACAAUGUCCUUGUGAUGGAACUUCUGGGUCCAAGCUUGGAAGAUCUGUUCAAUUUCUGCAACCGGAAGUUUAGCAUAAAGACUGUCCUUCUUUUGGCUGACCAAAUGAUCAGUCGACUGGAGUAUGUUCAUUCAAAGAACUUCAUUCACAGAGAUGUGAAACCUGACAAUUUCCUGAUGGGCCUUGGCAAGAAAGGCAAUCUAGUCUACAUAAUUGACUUUGGUUUAGCCAAAAAAUACAGAGAUGCAAGAACACAUGAGCACAUUGCAUACAGGGAAAACAAAAAUCUGACUGGAACUGCAAGAUAUGCUAGCAUCAAUACUCAUUUAGGAAUAGAACAGAGUAGAAGAGAUGAUAUGGAAUCUCUUGGUUAUGUUUUGAUGUACUUCAACUUGGGUCAGCUACCUUGGCAAGGACUUAAAGCUGCAACUAAAAGGCAAAAAUAUGAAAGAAUCAGUGAGAAGAAAAUGUCAACACCAAUUGAAGUUUUGUGCAGAGGAUAUCCAACUCAGUUUGCUACAUACCUGAACUUUUGCCGCUCGUUGCGAUUUGAUGACAAACCAGACUAUUCCUACUUAAGACAGCUGUUCAGGAGCCUUUUCCACAGACAGGGAUAUGUCUAUGACUAUGUUUUUGACUGGAACAUAAGAAAGGAUCCGACUGUUGACCACCAUGGUGAAAGAUCACGUGAUCAUGACAGGGAACACAGAGAUACAGAUCGUCACCAUCAAAGGGCCUCGGGUUCUAGAUUACCCCAGACGUCAUCAAGUCGAGCAAGAGAGUCCACAGAGAGAGAUCGACGACUUGCCUCACGGAUCCCGCGAGGUGCCGCAGCAGCUGCCACUGGGGACCAUGUCCUUGACUAUGACUCAAUGCAUUCCUCUAACCAAAUGAGAGGCAUGUACUCAAGUGGAGGGAUGGCGACACUUGGAUCUCGUAAAAUGAGUUCAGGAAGAGACAGGGAUACGUUCCCUCUGCCCGAUUCGUCACGGUCACCUUCGAGACACCAGAGAAUAACUAAAUAAGCAGGUGCCCCUUGGCUAGGUUCUAGAGUGUUGGUAUUUAGAUGGCACCUUUUUCAACUUGUUCCAAUUGCAAUGUUGUGGUGUAGAACAAUAGAGUAUUCAUGCAGCUUGUUAAACAUAGACUAAGAUGUAUAAAAACUUAAAUUAUAAAGGUAACUCUGUUGAGUUCUCCAGUGCAUUUACCUUUCUAAAUAUGGUUAUGCAGGUAGGACUUUACUCAUCAUUUCUCAUACCUGUUUUAUAAGGUAUUUUAUAUGCAUAUCCCGUUAGGUAGACGCUUUUCAAAGAGUCUCCAUUGAAACAAACCGAGAAAGUAGACAACCACUAAUGCGCCAACGGUGUCAAACAGAUCUCUGUUCUAAAAUAGAUAUUUUCUAUUUGAAUACAUACUUGGAGGACCAUCGUUUUCAUUAAAAACGAAGGCAACGAUUUCAGCAGAUACUUAGCAUCGCCUCAUUCAUAGCUCAUGUGCAUUCAAUUUUGAACUGUGCCCAGGUUAUGGCACUGGCUUUUAAGAUAUGCUUCAGCUCGUAGAUAGAAGCUGCAAAGAGACCGAACCAACUUCGUCAAAUUGUAAGGGUCACAGAGGUUAUUUUAACAAACAGCAGAGCGAACUGUUAAGAUCGUCCUGUUGUAUCAUAUGGUAAUCAACUAUUGUAUUAACUGUAUAACUAAAGUAGACUCGCCGUUCCAUUGGUGAUGGCUAAGAUUAUGUUUGUGGUUUUCAAAAUAUAAAAGCCAAGAACAUGCAGUUGACUAAACAGGGUUCUUUCUCUGACGUGUUGAGAAUGAUGCAGAGAGAGAGAAAGUAGUCCUUCUGUGAUCAAGAAUAUUCGCAAUUAAGAAAACUCUUGAAAUUGUGCAUUUAAAAGAUGUUCCUGCAGCUUAUUCUGUAAUUUUUUGCUCCAAAAAAAUUGGACUGAAUUGAGAUCCAAAUAAGUGGAAACGUCGCAAAUUUCUAACCCACAAAAGUAAUCCCGGCUUUCUUGUCCCAAUAAUUUCCGUGUACAACCCCGAGAGAAUGACGACUUUUGCCUACUAGGUGUACGUUUUUACAUCCUCGGGUAAAAAUGUUAAUGUUUUAUUGGUAGCUUUUCCUGCAUGUAUUUACAUUAAGAGAUAUUCGAAGAUUUUGCAGCGUAUGUUUCUGUAGUUGUCAUGGCGUCGUGUAACUAGGAAACGCGAUUUAGUAUUUUGGAAAUAAAAAAUCGGCCUUACGAACAUUUCCGAACAUUUUGGAAGAGCAUAUCCGAACUCUAUCGAAAAAAUUGCUGAAAUAGGAAUGUUAUUUAUGACAGUUUUAAUUUGAUAAAGACUCUGAUUCCCAACCCCAAACAUUACUCUGUAUAUAUCCUAUUCUGUUUUAAAGUUUGCUUUAAAAUAGAGCUGUUUGCGUUCCAGUCAUGCGGUGCCAUGUGUGUAUUAUUUGAUUUUGCUUAUAAUGCUUGAGCACUUUUGUACAUAGGCAAUUAAACACCCUAUUGUAUAUUAAAUUAUGACUUGUUAUUCGGUAUAACCUUUAAGAUUGAGACGAACAGAAGUCUAUAUUUCUUUUUUUACCUGACAAGAGAACAGUACGAUAAUGUUUCUUGAAUCAUAUGACACCAACCACUCUCCCAAAUGAUUUCCGAAUGUAACUUUACUUGUGCGGUGAUAAUUUUUCAAAAUACCGGAAUAAAAUGUUGCCUUUGGUAACAAGUUGACCAACCCUGGCCAUGUGCUCUGGCCGAACGUAGCCUUUGUGUUACUGUUUUCAAUUUGACUCUAUUGUUUCACACUUCACGUUAAGUUGAAUUCAAAAUUCAUUGUUCUACUCUCAGCAUAAGCUUUUGAUUGAACACAACGUGACGUGGGAAUCAGUGGAGUCAACCUGAAACUAGCAGAAUGUGCAGGCUAAACAUAGCAUUUUGUAAAGAAAGAAAUGGAAAGUGCAAAAACAAGACAAAAAAGUUUGGCCUUCCAAGAAGUUUCGACAAGCCAUCCAAUUGUUCAUUUUAUAUUUUAAAAUGUCUCAUUAGCUACCAAGUAGCUUCUUUCAGUAAAUCAGGGCAAAGUCGCCAACUGUAAUCAUUAUAGUUUGAAGAAAUAUAAAAUUGUAUAGCAUACCAAAACAUGUAUUCAAAGGAAAAGUGACUGGCUAGGCAUAUCAAGCCUGCAACACCGAAGCCAGUUCUCAAACAAAACUUCCCAAAAAGUAUUCAAUGGGAAAUGAAAUGGAAAAGCGAGGGUAUAGGAAGGGAGAAAAAUAUAUAAGAUUACCCAGAAGCAACGUAUCCUGCGUAGAGCAUUGGAUACGAUUGUAGUGAUGUUGGGACAAUGCAAUUGUCAUUCACCGUGACGUUAAGGUUGUCAUUAACAGUGACGCUGGAAUUGUCAUUCGCAAAGAGGUUUGAUACUAUGGUGUUCCCUGUCACAGAAUAGAUAUCUAUUCUGUUGUGUCCCUGUAUACAGUGCCAUCAAGCGUUCUUAUAUUCUCGGUACAUACACACGAAAAAGAUGAUUAAAUGUGUUUUGUGGUUUCUUUUAAUACCAGUGCCAAAUUCGAAGAUAUUUUGCUUUUUAGAAUUAUUUGCUAGCAACACGUGCGUUCGUUAAUAGAAAUCAACAGUUAGUAGAAAACGUUGCACCGAAAGCACCCAGACAUUCGUCUCUUUGUGGGCCGUCCCUUUCUUCAUCAACAGAGCACUACUGAGUCCCUCAAGAAUCUCCACUGACUUCUAUUCUGUUUAUAACUGAAGUAUGACAUGUUUUUCCUGUUGAAUUCACCGUUUACGAGCGGCGUACUCAGUCAAAGAAAUUUUCCUCUUUCUUCCUUUUAGAGAUUCGAUUGUUCUACAUGCUAGAUGUCUCUCGUUGUUUAUUAGGCUAAUACAGCUGCCUUUUUGUGCAAAAUUUACAGCAUCAUUGUUUGUUUCCGUACAGGCAACUCCAUCUGAGAAGGCCGGUGACGUUUUAAUGCAGGGACGAUUUUUCUCUGAAUAUAUCGAUUCUUGGUAGCAGACCUGGCACACGACAUCAAACAUUUCCUUCCCAGGAUAACCCGUGUCACUACACAAUUUUUCUUUCUUUUUACCCUUAAAUGACAUGUUCUUGUUCUUCGUUCUAGACAGCGUUUCUUUGACUUUUUCUCUGUAUUCUCUCUCUGCCAUAGAAUCAACGAACUUCAGGCUUUUCAUCUGAAAUAGUGUUCUACAGCCAUCAAAGUAACUUUUGAAAUCAUGACACGAUGACUUCUUGCACUCAAUUAAAGAUUGCUGCAGUUUCUUUUCCAAUCUCUUCACCUUGGUCAUGCAUUCUUGAAUACAUUUUGUGUAGAAUUUCUGUAAUAUCAUCAGCAUCUGGUUAAUGUGCAAUUUGUUUCGGGAUUUCUGUAGACCACAAAAGCAUAGUGUUACAAAACCCGACGGUUGCUUUUUAAACAAGAUGGCCCUAAGUAAAAAGGACUUCCAAUUUUAACCGUUUAAUUCAGCUUUACUUACUAGUAGAUUAACAAGAUCCGACUUAAAGGCGACCAAUGGUAUUUCUAUGCUGACCCAAAGUCUUCCUUUUUGAAAUGUUGAAUUGUUUUCUCUCCAUAGAUGAGUAAGAUUGUUCAUUAGGUACCAUAUUUUCGGAGUCAGCUUUUGUAAAACGAAAAUUGGAAACUCAAAACUAUAAUGAAUUGCUAAGGUUUCUCAUCAAGCAUUCUAUUUCCAAUAAUGAAAUUUGAAGGGUACUUGCCAGCACUGAAAUUUCGCAGAAAAAUCCAUCGAAAAUCUCCACCAUGACUUUAAAUUCAUUGUUUAAAAGCCAGAUAUCCAUUCGAACGUCGA